UCGAUACGACUUGAUUCACAUCUGAUUCUGUUGUAGGUUCACCUGCGACGUUUCAAAGGCAGUACAUGGACUUUCUUUAGACAACUUUAAAGGAAGGUCAACCAGAGUGUCGUCUACAUAGACAUGGGAUACCAAAAGAACAGUUCAAUGGACCAGCCUAUCGCAUCAUGAUAAUACCUCAUGUGGAAGAGCCAGAGAAGAACCAGUGAUAUAUAAUUCUCAUCGGAUUACAGAUAGGAGUAGCUCUUUAUCAGUCACCUGAUGCCUGGUAAUAUAUCUUGUGGCUCGUAAAUAUUUGUGGAGAAGCUAUUGUAUACAUUUAUGAGAUACUCUUUCUGAAAUGUAAAUGGAGUUCAGCUUUGUUUCAAUAGUUUGUAAAGGUUACUUGUGAAUAAUUGAUCCGUGAAUAUAUUUUCUGGGAUAUUUAGAAGAAACUGCAGAAGUAUAAGAUGGCAGGAAUUACCUUGAAUCCUCCUUUGCCAAGCCACCCUGGCGACAUGAAUCUAACUUACUUUCUGUCCCCUGGAACGGAAGGAGAGUUGGGGCACAACAUGUCUCGUGACUCUGAAACAAAUCCUCAAUCGGACUACAUUGAUCAGUGCACAGCUAAGGUUCUUCCUCACCUUGACCUUACACAAAUAACGUCAGUGGCGUUAACUAUAGUAGUGAUAUACAGUUUGAUCAUUUUCCUGGCCGUCACCGGCAACGUCUUAGUAAUAUGGACAGUGAUACGUAACAAAUACAUGCAUACUGUGACCAACUACUACAUCGUUAACCUUGCGAUAUCGGAUUUGUUGGUGUCGUCCAUUGUCAUGCCGUUGAAGUUGAUGGAGUACACGGCCCCGUGUGAGUGGCACGUCUUCUCCAGCGACACCCUGUGUUCAGUACUUUCGUAUCUUCUCCCUAUCUUCGUGUUCACCAGCGUCCUCACCCUUGUUGCCAUCUCGUUGGAAAGGUAUUACGCCAUCGUACAUCCUUUGUCCGCCAUGAAGAUCAACAGCAAGUCACGAACCCGGAAAAUCAUUGCAGCGACGUGGCUCAUCCCCAUUGUGCUCGCAUCUCCGUAUCUCUAUUGUCGAAGCUACGCCUUCGCCAUUGGAAGCCGUCUUGGUCAAAUUUCCAGACAGAUAUGCGUUGACCGCUUCGACGACAUAGACGUCGCUAUGUACGGAGAGGAAGCGUGGGGGACGGGCAGGUUCCGGCAGGGCUUCUUCAUCUUCCUCUUUCUUUCUAUUUACCUCAUCCCCAUGAUAACGAUUCUGGUCACAUGCAUCAUGAUCGCCAUAUGCCUGCUCCAGCCAAUCUGCAUCAAACGUUCUCCGCAGCUGGGCCGGAAGGACGCACGGCGCAGGCAUGAAGAGAAUAAACGGAAGGUUGCCCGGAUGGUCAUUGUGAUAGCAAUUGCCUUCAUCGUUGCAUGGUCGCCUCAGUACUGGGUCAGCAUCGUAAGCCAGAUCCAGGCCUCCUACAACAACGGCAGCAGCUUCCUCCACAAAAGCAACUUCCUCUUUACGAUGCUUAUGACCCAUCUUUGUGGCUUCCUCAACAGCUGCAUCAACCCCUUCAUCUACAGCAUAAUGAGCAAAAAGUUCCGGCGGAGUUUCAAGCAGAUCAUCGGCACGUUCCUCUGUUGCUGUGUCUCCAAGCACAUCUUCCGUUACCAGGACAGCAUGAACGCAACGGCCUCUCACAGCUAUGCUCAGACCACACGACAGAGCAUGACCGAUGUUCGAGACAUGCAUGAUUGCCAUAUCAGCGAAGCAGCUUCUUCCGGCGGAAGUAGCAGUGGUGGCGCGAGCCAACAUGGCCGCGGUUCCGCUUCGAGUAGGAGGAGCAAGGAAACAAAGCCAAGUCUCGAUAAAUCUGGCAAGAAGUCCACGGGAUUUGGUCGGUCGUGGGCGGCGUAUUCUAAAGACAAUAAAGCUGGUUAUAAUAUAAUGCUGAAGUGUUUGAAAAAAGAGCCAGUUCAGAGGAAAGACGCUGAAAAGAGUCAGAAAAUUUCAGACAAAAAAGAACUUGUUUCUAAAAAGACCACCGAUUCGGAUACUGAUAACGUUCAGUCGGACACGUGUCUUAUAGCGUCUGGAAGUUCAAAGACAUAUCGAUCUAAUGAGUUUCUUAACGCGCAUGUCGAUACAUGUUCCGAUUCUAUAGAUUCGGACGUAGAACUCGCUACAUCACGUGAUCAGAUCAACGCCAUAAGGGAGGAACACCAAAUGACCUUGAGGCCCUUGAACGGUCACUCCUGUGAAGGGGCCAAACACUCACAUUAUAUUCUCAACGGCAAAACAUCCAAUGGAAACUGUGUCCGGUUAUAAGGUCACGGGCAUAUAUCCGCCAUUCCGUCCGGAAGGAUGUAUCAAACUCGGCAAAGUUCGUUGAAUUCCAAGAUACACCUUGGAUAUCGGAAAUGUCCGAUGUUUUCCGACUACACGCUGGUGCUGUUUUCUGUUGCCUUGUAAUUUCAUUGUGGGAGGCUUUUGUUUUGAAUAUAUUCCAAGGAUCAGUUCAUGCCAAGUUCUAAAGGAUAGCUGUGCCAUACUGUGAUUUCCAUGUCGGAACAUACAAGGGACUUUUCUUCUGGAUAACAUCUCUAUUCCAUAUCAGAAUGUAUGAAUUGGUGUAUUGAGAUACAAUUUUAAACGAGCUUACGCUACGAUAAUUGGAUCCUAAAAACUAGUUCUUAACAGGAUCCCUCAGAUUUUACAGUGGGAUCACCAAGAGUUUACACCGGAUGCGUUGUGUUUAUAUUUUCUUGGGAGUCUUGAUCAUAACCGCUUGCAGAAUCAAAAUUACAUUGUUGUAUAUUAUUUGAUUUUGUUGCAAUUCGCUUUGUUUAUUCUUGAUUUAUAACAUUGUCAAAUUGUUAUUGAUGUAAAUAUAACAGAACAAAUGCUCAAAUAGCACUUUUCAUGAUGAUUAAGGCUUACAUUUAAAUCAAAUUAUUUUAUGUACGAUUUGUCGUUCAAGCGUUCGCUCGUCUCACCUAGGGCCCGGGUUUGAUUCCAUGAAUACAAUGUGAGACCCAUUUCUGCUGUCCCCGCCGUGAUAUUGCUGGAUGCGUCGUAAAACCCUACUCACUCACUCUUAGAGACACAAGCUAUUUGGAUUUCAACUUCUAUAUUCUACAACCGUUUAGUGAUAGGGCGAAUUCACCGGAUGAAGAGGCUAAGAAAAUGUGUCACAAUGUCAGGAAUACGGAAGUUGAAAUGACUACAUUUUUAGUUUUUAUGAACUGCCAACUCGAAAUGACAUUUAAGGUUCGUAUCUCAUCUCAUUUAACCCCUCGUCAAUUCUUGGGUAUGACAAUCAAUAUUAAAGUUCUUCAAAAGACAAAAGCAUGCACUGAUAGUGUUAAAUUCCUUUUGCAGAGAGUAUGACAAAUGGUACAUGAUACCGUUAAUAGCUAUAUCUUAGUAUGUAUCCACAUAUACUCUCUCUACAUAUACAUCUACAAACUGCAUGUUUUUCAUAUAUUAUACUGAGUAAUAUAACAUUUGUUAAACUUAUGGAUCGAUGACGAUAAAACCUACAAUGUUUUAUAAUCAACUAACUGGGCCGUUCUUAUCAUCAUCAGUACUGAUAUAGAGGAGCAUGAAAGUAACACGGAAAUAAAUAUUACAAAUUUAUUAUAAUCAUUGUGAGUUUGUGGAAAUCUUUAAGAAUAUAUCCCAGAGGUAUGUUAGGUAGAGAACUAAGAUCUGAUUUUAAUGAUAUUGCGAAUGAAGCGUUUCAAAUUCACAAAGAUUGCACUGUAACAAAAGAACACUGGUUUAAAACGGCGGCUAUAUUUUAUUGAGGUAUGAAUAAGAUGGAAAGCUUUUCUUUUUAAUGAACUCGAAGUCUUUUCAGGAAAUGUGGUUUGCUCAAGCCAUGUUAUUUUUCAGAUGGCAUCUCUUGUACAAGAUUGAUUAUCUCUUGGGGACCCGAGUUAGAAAAGGUCCCCUGCAAUUGCUUUGAUGUAUGGGGCGGCCUAAUUAGAUCACGUGGUCAGGCGAUGAGAUUGUGUUGAUUGCGUGUCAUCAGAUUCCGUGAUGACGUGGGACGUUGCUCAAAGUACAAACCACUGGCUUGUCUGUCGUUCACUCAAUAGUUUACAGGGGGCACGAGUGGCCAAGUCGUCUAAGGCGCCGCGAUUCGUUGUGCAGAGUUGCGUCCCUUGGGCACGCCAGGAACCUGUGAUUGUGGUUCGAAUCCCGGUUCGCCCCGAUUAUG